AUGGCUCCCCAACAAGUCGACACAACCAUCUCCCCCUCCGCUACAGGCCCGGCUCUCGCCCUUGCGAAACAGCACUCGGCUGACCACCCUCUAAAACUCUACGCGGGCUGGUUCUGCCCCUUUGUCCAACGAGCCUGGAUCACUCUCCAAGAAAAGGAGAUCGACUACCGAUACAUCGAGAUCAACCCCUACCACAAAUCCCCCGAGUUCCUCGCCCUCAACCCCCGCGGUCUCAUCCCCACGCUUGUCCUACCUCCCGGUGAAGAGGGGAAACAGCGGGUGCUGUACGAAAGCGUGAUUGUUUGCGAGUAUUUGGACGAACAGUACAACUCUGGGACGAAGCUCCUGCCAUGGGACCCCUACGAGAGGGCGAGGGCGAGGUUGUGGGUGAAUUUUGUGGAGAAGAAAUUGGUGGCGGGGUGGUAUAGACUUAUGCAGCAUACGCCUGAUAAGCCUUAUAGUCUUGAGGGGGUGAGGAAGGAGUUUUUGGAGAAUUUGAAGACUUUUGUGAGGGAGAUGGAUGAGGAGGGGGAGGGGUGGUUUAGUGAAGGGGGUUUUGGGUUGGUGGAUGUGAGCUUUUUGCCUUGGGCGGGGAGGUUGUGGUUGAUUGAUCAUUAUAAGGAGGGCGGGGUGGGCAUUCCGAAGAGGGAGGAGCGGCAGGGGUUGGAGGAGGGAGAGAGGAAGGUUUGGGAGAGGUGGGCGAGGUGGUAUGAGGCUGUUAUGGGGAGGGAAACGGUCAGGGGGACUUGGAGUGAGAGAGAGGAGUAUAUUGGGGUGUAUAAGAGGUAUGCGGAGGAUCAGACGGGGAGUGAGGUUGGGAAGGCUACGAGGGAGGGGAGGGCGUUGCCUUAG